GCGCGGCGGGGCGGCCGUGCUCCGCGCUGCCCCACUCCCCCCCGCCCCGCUCCGCCAUGGCCCCCGCGGCGCACGGCUGCGGCAGCGGCGCGCUCCUCGGCCGCUUCGGCGUCCUGCUGCAGGCGGUGCUGGCGCUGGGCGCCUUCAGCACCCUCAUGCUAAAACGAUUUAAGGAACCAAAGGAAGAGAGGCGUCCCUGGAAGAUAUGGUUUUAUGAUACCUCCAAGCAAGCAAUAGGUGCCCUCUUCAUCCACUUUGCCAAUGUUUUUCUGUCUGAUCUCACUGAAGAGGACCCUUGCUCUCUCUAUCUCAUUAAUUUCAUCCUUGAUGCCACUCUGGGGAUGCUGCUGAUCUGGUUUGGUGUGAACGUUGUCUCCUGGAUUGUGCAGCGUCAGAAGUACACGUACCUGGUCUUUGGAGAAUAUGGUGACCCACCACAAGCUGCUGCCUGGAUUGGCCAGUGUGUUCUGUAUUUGCUGAUAAUGGUUUUUGAGAAGACAGUGAUAAGCCUGGUCCUGCUUAUCCCGGGUUGGACCAAGCUUCAGGAGAUCCUCCUGGAUUACAUCCCAAACCCCCAGUUGGAGCUCGUGCUGGUGAUGCUUGUUGUGCCUUUUGUAGUCAAUGCCAUAAUGUUCUGGGUUGUGGACAGCUUGAUCAUGAGGAAAUACAAGCAGAAGGAUACUCUGGACAUCAACGGAUCCAUAGAAACCCCUCGGGCUAGGAGAACUGAGGAAUCUCAGGUGUUGCUCUCACCAGAUGUGGAUUUUGAUCACUCUGAAAGCGACCAGGAUAUGUCGGGACUCCAGGGAACAAGCCAGAAGAUGAAGCAGCCCAGCUAUCAGGUUUAUCAUAGGCAAACUCAGCUGGUUCCUGCACGGCUCUUCUGGCACUUCUGCAGUAGAAAAGGGAUCACAGGAUUCAUGCCUCCAUUUGGUUAGGAGGAACUCUGCUCCACAUCUCACCAGGAUCGGUUCCACAGAUGUUUCAGAGACAAGACUACCAAAGCAGAUACUGGUGGAGGAGACUUUUUUAAAGAGGAGGGGAGAACCCUACCAUCUCCAUGUCAUGAUGUGCACCAAACAAACCUCCAAGAAGAUGAAUGCCUGCCUGAAUAUGGAGGCUGCCUCCUCAGUCUAAGAGUCAUUAAGGAGCUUGCUAAGACGAAUUAAAUAGCAGUUAUUCCAAGAAGAAAGGAAGGGCAGUUUUUAUGCUCUCCUAUCUCCUCUUACAAUAGCUUUUGCGUGGUAAAAAUGCGUCAGAUAAUACAUGACAUCACACCUCAGAAGGAUAUGCAAACACUCAUAGUCUGAUUUUAUAGAUGUGAAAACUUAGGCACAGAUCCCUUGAGUAAUGAGAUCAAGGUCACAAAUUGAGAUCUUUCCAAAGCUUUCCAGCUCUCUAUCCACUAGGCCAAACUGUGCUUAGACAUAGAAGGGCGAAACAGCCCUUCUCCACACAGUGGAGAAAAGGAGUCUUGGAUUUGUUCCAUGAUAACAAGAGUGGUCCAUGCAGUUGUCCCUCAAAAAUCAGAUAUAAGUAAGGAGAAAUGGAAAUGAGGAAGCUUCUGUCCAGGGUGAGUGUGAUCAGGCCUUCCUGCCAGUCACUGUUGAGGGAAAUUUUGGCAGAAUGUCAGUGCGAGAAACAGUAAGACCACAGCAUUUCUCAUGUACAGACUUCCCUGUGUAGGCAAGGAAGAAAAACAGAGAGAGGUCUAGAAGCUAUAGUUUGGAGGGAAACUCCCCAAAUCUUAUUACCCAUAUUAUAGCUCUGAUUAUAAUUAACAUCACUUGAUAUUUUCCAUUACAAAACCCUCUUUUCAGAUGUUUGCAGUUCUGUCAAACUGCAUUUUUCUCAGAGGGAUUUAUUUGGCCCAAGCAGCUCUGUUGUUUCUGAGAACAAGGCAAAAGGAAAAAUAAUCAUGUUUUGGCCUUCUCGCUGAGAGACUUCAGCUCACCUCCAGUGUGCCCAGAAAUUCCUUUUGACAUUCUUGCCUGCGUUCAGCCAAAAGAAAAGGAAAAGAAAAGGAGAAACAAUGCAGAACAGCAGUGCAUUUGUAUGUACAGAGCAUCCAAGGUAAAAUUGCUGAACAAGUCAGGAGGGAAUUGAAGCAGACUUUCCUUGAAAACUCAAUACUUCCCCACACCCUCAGAGAGAGGCUUACUAGGGGGUUGGGACUGUCUGCUUCUCUCCCUCUUCCAUUCUCUCUUUCCUUUUCCAUCUCCCAUUCGGUCACAGUUGAGUCAUUUCCAUGGAGUGUGAAUCAAAGUUUUUCCCCGGAAAAACAUUCUGACAUAUUUUAAUGCACACGCAAAGGCAACCCAGAUCCUGACAUCUCUAAUUAACACAAGCUUUUCUCUGCAACUUUAAAGACAUUUGUAUUUGUAUGUAACAUAUAUAUAUAUAUACAUAUAUA